AUGGCAGGUCUGACGACUCGCACGCCUUUCUUUGGGGUCGUUCUUGUUGUACUACUGACGCUGAUGUCUUCUGUCGUCCACCCAACCGCCGCCCAGUCGACACUUCCAGCUACUGUGGCGACAACUCCAGACACAGGUCCAUAUAUCGGCACGACAGUGGGCAUUGUGAUCGCGUUUGAGUGCAUUUCACUGUGUGCCAUCAUCGUCAUGACUACCAUUCUAGUGGCAGACAAGUGCCAAGCCUACACCGUGAUGAAGUAUGCAAGCAUUAUCGGUCCUUUGGUUGGAUGUGCGUUGGCGGUUGUUGUGAUCAUAGUGCAGUGUGUACCGCCCAACAGCGGGUUCGUCCUUAUAGUUACCCAAGCUUCUAUCGCAGCUGGCUUGAACGUCUUAGCAGCCGGUUCUGUACUACACCAAUGUUGUUCCAAGACGAGCAGUAUUCCAGGCGAUGAACCAGACAUUCCUGGUUUCCUGAUGGGUUUCCAGUUCAGUGUUGGCUGUAUGGUCGGACUCGGCGGGACCAUCGCUGCUGCCUUCAACGUAGAACCUGGAACAGGAACAGCCGGUAUUGUCCUGGGUGCCAUCUGUACAGUCGGCAUUGUUGCAGUGUUCAUCUGGUUCAUCUGUCGUGUGUGCUGUUGUAAGACCACUGGCUCAAACGACAAAAGUUUUAAGAUCACCGCCUAGCCCUUCGGAACACCAAGUCGCCAGUACCAGUGUCCGUCUUGUGUACAAAAGCUUCCGGUUUUCAUUCAGAGUCUACUUAUAUAUAGUACUGUAACUUUACGAGAUGAACAUGUUAGAGUUUUGUUAAGUUGAAGAAAUAAUCUCCAACAAUUAUUCAAUCUUUAGUGUAUUCACUCACCACCUGGGUGAAUACAUUCCAUUACUGUUGUUUUGUUUUUGCUGUUAUAUUGUAAUUGCUGUCAUCCAUUAGAAUGUUUUAAGUUAUUACGUUUUAUUCGAUUAUUUCUUAUAGCUUGUUUUUAACUGUACGCUGGGGUUAUCGGCCUUGCAAAUGAUGUACUCUCUCAUAUCUCAUUCUGUGAAUCGAUAAAUAAAUAAAUGACUGAAUAAAGUAUUAGAUACUCUUCGAA